GUGGGCCUUCUUCCUUCUCGCCGAACGCCGCCGACAUGGUGUUCAGGCGCUUCGUGGAGGUUGGCCGGGUGGCCUACGUCUCCUUCGGGCCUCAUGCCGGGAAGCUGGUCGCGAUCGUAGAUGUGAUCGAUCAGAACAGGGCUUUGGUCGAUGGACCUUGCACUCAAGUAAGGAGACAGGCUAUGCCUUUCAAAUGCAUGCAGCUCACUGACUUCAUCCUCAAGUUCCCACACAGUGCCCGCCAGAAGUAUGUUCGACAAGCCUGGCAGAAGGCAGAUAUCAAUACAAAAUGGGCAGCCACGAGAUGGGCCAAGAAGAUUGAAGCCAGAGAAAAGAAAGCCAAGAUGACAGAUUUUGAUCGUUACAAAGUCAUGAAGGCAAAGAAAAUGAGGAACCGAAUAAUCAAGCUUGAAGUUAGGAAGCUUCAAAAGGCAGCUCUCCUGAAAGCAUCUCCCAAAAAAGCACCUUCUACUAAAGGUGCAGCUGCUGCUGCUGCUGCUGCAAAGGUUCCAGCAAAAAAAGUGAGCACUGCAGGCAAGAAGGCUCCGGCCCAGAAGGUUCCUGCCCAGAAAGCUGCAGGCCAGAAGGCAGCGCCUCCAAAAGCUCCGAAGGGUCCGAAAGCUCCAGCCCAGAAAGCACCUGCUCCCAAGGCAUCUGGCAAGAAAGCAUGAGAGCAUAGAGGUCAUUAUAAAAGUAAUAAAGGUUCUUUUUAACACGCUG